AUGAUCAAAGCCAUCUUCUACAGUAAAUUCGACACGCAGGAAGGGCCCAAGGUCGUCCACCAAGUUCCCGAUGGCGCGAUCGUCCCCUCCGCAACUGCCCCCUCGCAGCCCCUCUUCCUCACUUUCUCCGACAUCUCCUUCUUCGUCAUUCCCCGGCAAGAGCUGUGUGGAAAUCUGAUCCAGGUCUGCACCAAUGGCUAUCGAAUCCUGGGAUAUCCGAUCUGCAUGAAGUCCCUGCGAUACGACCGAAAUGAGUUCAUCUUCAAUUUCUGCGUGGUGCUGGCUGAGGAGGAGGAUUUCAGCACCUACAAGAGUGUCGUGCAGAAGCUGGCGGAUUUAAUGCAUGGAUUGGAGGAGCAGAAUGGUUUCCUAUCGCGAGAUCACUCCAAAUCCGGCGAGGGGAAGGUAUACAGCCUGUUCCACUGCGUGUCUACCCAAACUCAAGAUGCUAAUUGGGAUAUCCCAGACGAGCUGAACACCCUCAACAUCAAGCUCUUCCCCAUCUAUCCUGCCCCUCCGCCUGUCAAGGCAUGGCAUGUGCCGCUGUUCACGGUCCGCUACCAGACCUUCAUGGACGAGAACUGGGAUCUGACCAUGCAACGGAUCGUCCCACACAUCAAUGGCGUCAAUAGUGUACGGAUAAUUUCGAUCCUUGCCGAUACUGACUUCUCCCUGACCUGCCGCGCCAUUCGUCAUCUGCUCUACUACGGUUGCCUGUUCCUCCUCGACAUCUUCUCCUUCUCGGCCAUCUACGCCCCAACCGCCCAAUUCAGCUCCACAAUUGCCACAGACGAAGAAAUGCAGCAGGAAACCGCGUCUCCCGCCCCAGGAACAGCCACCGACGACGACACCGCCACUACUACAGACAUACAUCCCACCGAGCCCCAACUCGUCGACGGGGUCGGCAUCGUCGAACUCUACGCCAGCCUGAAACAAGGCCAAAGCAUCAAACAAUGGUACCUCCAACACAGCCGACAACUCGCCCACAUCGACAUCCGCCGCUUCAUCACCUUCGGCGUCAUCAAGGGCUUCAUCUACCGUGUGCACAAAUAUGCCGUAGCAACAGGAAACCCAGCACCACCCAUGAAAUCCUCUCACUAUCAUCACCACAGCUCGCCCGCAUUACAUCCGCCCAGCGGCCCAUCAUCGCGGGGGCCCGGCACAGGCACCAACAGUCCUUACGCCACUAGUGCGGGAGACGACCCGGCCCCGAUUGCACAGCACGAUGGUGGGCCAAGCCAUCACUCAACCUCAGUAUAUAGUGGAAGUCGGCCGGCCACGAUCGUGACCCUCGAGGGUGAGGAAGAGGAAGAUGACAUUGAUGAUAAGACGUUGUCGAAGUAUCUCGAUGGGAUGCAUUGUUUCGAUCAGAUCUGUACGGAGUUGGAAAUUAGUGAGAGGGAGUUGACGGCGCGGUUGAAGAGGUUUCCAGGGGAGGUGCUGAUACUGCAUCGAUGA